UUCGUGCGCAUGCUCAGAUGCGGAAUUCCAGACGGCGAAUGUUUUCAUGUAGUGUGUGUUUCAUGCUGUUGAAGAUAUGAGAUUAAAAACUUCGUUACAGAAGGAACCUAAACAUUCAGAACUUGUAAGCUGUGUUGGGUGGACAACACCAGAGGAAUGUUACUCAGGAGCAGAUGAUCAUCUGGUUCUCAAAUGGAAUCUGAAUUCUAACGAGACAACAACACUAGUCAAAUUACCAGAUGAUGUAUUCCCCACAGACAUGCAUUGGUUUCCAAAAUCUGCUGGUGGAGGAGGGGCAGGCAAAAAGGGAUCAGAUCUCUUCGUUCUAACAUCCACUGAUGGAAAGUUCCAUUUGAUCAGCAAAUCAGGACGAGUAGAAAAAAGUGUAGAUGCCCACAAAGGAGCUGUUUUGUCUGGACGCUGGAGCUGGGACGGUUCCGCUCUUGUGACAGCUGGUGAAGAUGGACAAGUAAAAAUCUGGUCCAGAAGUGGAAUGUUGAGAUCCACACUGACACAAAACAGUAACACAGUUUAUGGUGUGGCUUGGGGACCAGAUUCAGACCAGGUUUUGUUUACAAAUGGCAGACAACUGGUGAUAAAGUCACUGCAGGCAAAUGCCAAACCAACAAUGUGGAAAGCCCAUGAUGGUGUCAUACUGAAUGUUGACUGGAACCCUGUUAAUAAUCUCAUUCUCUCUGGGGCAGAAGAUUGUCGUUACAAGGUAUGGGACACCUAUGGUCGUAUUAUGUACAGCAGUUCCGUCCAUGAUUAUCCCAUUACUUCAGUAGCUUGGACACCUAAUGGAGAGCUGUUUGCUGUUGGAUCAUUUAACACACUCCGACUCUGUGAUCAGGCAGGGUGGUCCUAUUCUCUGGAGAAACCAAACACAGGUAGCCUGUUCAAGCUGGCUUGGUCCAGUGAUGGUACACAGGUGGCAGGUGCUUGUGGAAACGGCCAGGUGCUGAUAGCGCAUGUCAUUGAAAAGAGAUUGGAGUGGAAAAAUUAUGAGGCAGUGGUUGUAGGAAGCAAACAAAUCCAUGUCAGGAAUGUUAUGAAUGAAGCUGUAGAAAAACUGGACUUUAGAGACAGGGUUAUCAAAGUCUCUUUAUGUUUCAAUCAUCUUGUAGUAGCCACAGCAUCGCAGUGUUACAUCUACAAUACCAAGAAUUGGAAUACCCCUAUGAUAUUUGAUAUGAAGGAAGGAAACAUAUCAUUGAUUCUUCAGGCAGAGAAGCACUUCAUGCUGGUAGAUAGCUCCAAUGUUUACAUCUACUCGUACGAUGGUCGAAUGGUUUGUUCUCCCAAAUAUCCUGGCAUGAGGGCAGACAUUUUGAAUUAUCAGACAGUUUCUCUCAGCAAUGAUACAGUGGCAAUCAGAGAUAAAACAGAGGAAAAAGUAAUAUAUGUCUUUGAUGCACAAAAUGGAAAACCACUUGGAGAUGGAAAACCCAUUACACACAAGCUAGAGGUGAUGGAAAUAGCUUUAGACCAGUGUGGUCCUGCCACUGAGAGGAGAUUGGCCAUCAUAGACAAAAACAGAGAUCUCUAUCUGACAUCAGUCCGAGUGUUUGGUACAGAGAGAAAGUCCAAUAAAUUAGGAAACAUGAUCCAGUCCCUGUGUUGGAAUGACUCUGCCAACAUGUUAGCCGCACUGGCUGAUGGCAAGUUUACAGUUUGGUAUUACCCCAAUACAAUUUAUGUAGACCGGGACUUAGCCAGCAGAACGGUGUUUGAAAAGGAAGCAAGUGAGUUUGGUAAGAACCCGCAGUUGUUGAAUUUUAUUGGUAACCACAUUAUCAUCCGUCGAGCCGAGGGUUCUCUGGUCGGUACGGGAAUCUCCCCGUACCCAGCAAUUCUACAUAGUUAUGUCCAAAACUCGCGCUGGGAUGAUGCCGUAAGACUGUGUCGAUUUGUUAAGGAUGAUGUUUUGUGGUGUUGCUUGGCUGCCAUGUCAGCUUAUGCUAAGGAACUGAACACAGCAGAAAUUGCUUAUGCAGCCAUCAAGGAGGCAGAGAAGGUGCAGUUUAUAGUGAACAUUAAGGACAUCCCAAUCAAAGAGGCUCGUAAUGCCGAGAUGGCCCUCUUAUGUGGCAGUCCCCAGGACGCGGAGUCUAUUCUACUGACGGCAGGACUUAUCUUCAGGGCCAUCAUGUUAAACAUACAGCUCUACAACUGGGACAGGGCCCUAGAGCUGGCAGUUAAACAUAAGACACAUGUAGACACGGUACUGGGAUAUAGACAGAGGUACCUGGAGAGGUUUGAGAAGAAGGAGAAAAACAAACGCUUCCUACAGUACAGUGAAGGGAUUGAGAUCGACUGGGAGAAGAUUGAUGCUAAAAUAGAAAUGGAAUAUCAGAAAGAAAGAGAAAGACCAGAAAGAACUCCUGCCCCCUCUGGAGCAGGAAUCAGUGAAAAACCAGAGAGGUCUGAACGACCCAGAGGACGUUCACAGUAUUCUGGACACUGACCACUCGUGAAUCUCUAGUGUUAAUUAUAUCUGUGAUACAUUUAUAUAUAUUUUGACAUUUUAAACUUGCUUGAAUCAGUAGAACAUGAAAAUCAUUGCUACUGAGUUGUGUUGAAUACAUUUUUAUUCCGUCCAUGUCACAUAUAUCUUCAUUGACCUUAAAGGUGUGUCUGUCUAGGAUUUAUAAGAACAAAUUAUAAAUAAAAUAUUAAAGAAAUUAAA